AAUAUUUAGAGCUCUGGAAAUUAAAGCGAGUCGCAGAUCGAAAUCACGCGAACGCGAAGCGGCGGCCGUCGCCAUCUUCGGAGAUCGGUCUUUGCCUUUCGAGGGUUCGAAUUCGCUUCCGAGGAUCCAAGACUGCCUCCUUGAUCUCCCUUUAGAAGGAAAUGUCGGAGACCAGGAAACGAGCUCUUCUUCUGACGGAUAAUGUCUUCAUCCCUGUCAACGUAGUGCUCGAUUCUGUAAGUGAUUCGAGUCUUGGGUUGGGUUGGGUUGCUCGAGACGACGUGCUCGUCAUAACCCUAGCGGCCUCGUUGGGAGGAAAGUUACCCAUGGAGUCUGGUUCGCUUGAUUUGGUUGUGUCAGUCUCUGAGUCACCUGAACUUGUUGAUGAAAAAUGGGUCGAGGAGAUCUCUAGAGUGCUCAAACCUGGUGGAGCUGUUUUAGUACAGGCUUUUUAUGAUCAGAGUGAAUAUAAGCAAACCUCCACAAUUGAACGAAAGCUGUUGAUGGCAGGAUUUUUAGAAGUACAAGCUUUGGAAGUAAAAUCUUUUCUACCCAAUGAACAGCUUCAAUCAUUUAGUAUCAAAGGAAAAAAGGCAUCUUGGUCAGUGGGUUCAUCAUUCUCCCUAAAGAAAACAGUUCCAAAAAUUCAAAUUGAUGACGACUCAGAUCUAAUUGAUGAGGAUAAUCUUUUAUCGGAGGAGGACUUGAAGAAACCACAGUUGGCUCAAGUUGGAGAUUGUGAAGUUGGGAAGACAAGGAAGGCCUGCAAGAGCUGCACUUGUGGUCGGGCAGAGGAAGAAGCAAAAGUGCUGAAGCUGGGUCUGACCACUGACCAGAUAAAUAAUCCUCAAUCAGCAUGUGGCAAUUGUGGUCUUGGUGAUGCAUUUCGCUGUGGCACAUGUCCGUACAAAGGCCUUCCUCCUUUCAAACUUGGUGAAAAGGUAUCUCUAUCAACAAAUUUCCUAGCUGCUGAUUUUUGAUCCGUGAGAAGCAUGAUCUAUUGUUUGUAGUCUCCGGUGAAGACCAUAGACAAGUUUGCUUUCAGAUCUCUGAAACUAGGCAUUUUGAAAUGAUUCUGUUGAACAGUCGCGGUUGCAUGCAAAUUGGAUGUUUUUUGUGUGUCAUGAAAUAUAUACAAAAAAGAAGAAAAAAAGGAGUCUUGAUCGUGUAUGAGUUGUUUGCAUGAAAUAGUUUUGGUGAAACAAGCAUAGUGUGAACUUUGUCAUGCAACUUACAAUGUCUUUCAAGUGGCAUUUCUACGAUAGCUGCAAGUUAAACCGUUUCUGGUUAUAUUGUCUGCACUUGUCCUGUUAAUAUUGCAUGCAGUAUGUUGUGAUUUGUUCAAA